ACCACAGCGCGGUGUGAAUGUGAGAGUGAGUGUGAAGUGAAACAGUCCUGCAGUUACCUCUGUUUUUAUCAAACAAGUGGCACAAAAUUACCUCAAAUAAUUCAAAACCUGAUUAUAUCUUUGUAUAUAUUGAUUGUGGAGAGUGUUGUGUGUGUGACGGUGGACCGAGCUCUGGAAAUGAAAGCGGGCGUGCUACACUGUCGAUGCCAUAAAUGUUCCUCAGUGCCUGCGAGGAAGCGGGUCCGAAAGCAGGUCUCCUCUCUGGGCCUUCUGUCUCUACCUGAAGAGGUGCUGCUUUGUGUCUUCCAGUGUCUCUCGGCUGAAGACCUCCUCGCCAUCAGAUCUGUCCACUCUCAUCUCCGUAAUAUCAUUGACAACAACUCGAGCAUUUGGGCACGGGUCAGCUUUAAGGACCGGUGGCCUUCUCCGGACACUGUGUGGCUCUUUGAGAGGGCUGCAGAGAAAGGAAACUUUGAAGCUGCAGUAAAACUUGGAAUAGCAUAUUUGUACAAUGAAGGACCUUCGCUCAGUGACCAGGGCCGGGCUGAUCUCUGUGGCAGGAUGGCUGCAAAAUUCUUUACCCUGGCUGAGCGUGUUCGCUCGCCUCUGGCCGAUCCCUUCAUCUGGCUCUUUAUUCGGCCACCAUGGUCUCCCUCUGGAAGCUGUUGUAAGGCUGUGGUGUAUGAGCAUCUAAAAGCGGAGUGUGAGAGAAACUUGGAAAGGAGAGGAGCGUUGCUGCAUUGCCUGGCUAGAGUACUCGAGCUAUCUGACAACGAGGAGAUGCAUGCAGAAGCUCUUGUGCUGUUGGACGAGUCGUCGUGCUGCGGCAGUGUGCAAAGCUCGUAUCUCCUAUGGGAGAAAAAUCGCCACAUGGCUAUUGCUGACCCAGGCCGGUAUCUCCAGUUUGUGCGCACUCUUCGGGACUAUGCCACCAAGGGCUGCUGGGAAGCUCAGUUGUCUUUAGCAAAGUCGUGUGCCAGUGGCAAUCCUCUGGGUUUGGAGCCUCAGGCUUGUGCUGGUCUGGUGGCUCAACUUUUUCUUUCCUGUCCAUCGCCUCCACAACACACUGGCAGCCCACACAAAAAAGGCAUUAAUGACACCAUGAGGUACAUCCUGGUGGACUGGUUGGUAGAGGUAGCCACCAUGAAGGAUUUCUCCAGCCUGGCGCUGCAUGUGACUAUAGGUUGUAUGGACCGCUACUUGGCCAGAUGCUCUGUGCCCAAGGCUAGGUUGCAGCUUCUGGGAAUUGCUUGCAUGGUCAUCUGCACACGGUACAUCAGUAAAGAAAUUCUGACUAUUCGUGAGGCUGUUUGGCUUACUGAUAACACGUAUCAGUACGAGGAUCUGGUCAGGAUGAUGGGGGAGGUCAUCUCUGUGCUAGAGGGGAAGAUCCGAACUCCCACUCUGCUGGACUAUGGUGAGGUAUUGCAGUUUCUACUGCCCAUGGAGCGCCGCACUACUCAUCUCUUCAGAUACAUCUGUGAGCUGUCUUUGCUCUUCUCGCCCCUCGCCUUGCCUGCUCCUGCUCGCCUCGCCAGUGCCACCCUGCUGCUCACACGAGCACUGCACAACUACACUCCUGUAUGGCCGAGUCAGCUGGUGGAGACCACAGGCUUUACUGAAGAUGACCUGGUGCCCUGUGCUUUGUUGAUCUAUAUCAAGUGUUUCAGCCAGGAUGUGCCAAAAGACUACAGAGAAGUGUCUUUAACUGGUGUUAAGCAGAGGUUUGAAAGUGAUUCCUACCAACAUAUAAGUAAAGACAUGGUGAUGGACUAUAAAGAACUCUGCCAGGUGCUGGGGGUUCCAGAGGUGGAGCCCCAAAUUGAGCAGCCUAGUGCUAACAGCCAUUCAGCAGACAUCCACACAUUCUUAUCUUCUCCAUCCAGCAACAGCAAGAGGAGAGAGGAGAACAUGCAUACCCAUCGAGGCAGCUUUGUAGCCACGCCUACAGCUGAGCUGUCCAAUCAAGAGGAAACCCUUGUGGGUGACAUCCUAGACCUUAGUCUUGAUGCUUCCUGCUCAGGCUAUGAGGGAGAUCAGGACACUGAUGGGGAGAAAGAGUGUGAAGACUCUGUCCUCUCUAUCCAGCUACCGCUGUGUGUGCCGUCUGCUGAUGUAAGAUUGCACUGCAGUGCUCUUUCUAGUGACGAGGACAACGUGGGGGAGCCUACUGUCUCCUGUUCUUCCUUUUCCUCGAAACGCCCACGCUGCAUCAACCUACAUAGUUCUGGGUACUCUUCUGUUCAGAGCAGCAGUCCUUCCACUGCUUCUUCUUCCUCCUUGGUGCCCUGCCAUCUCUCCCCAGUCAGUUUGGCCCCAGCGUCAGAGGCAGCCUCACCUGGCUUCCGUCUGCUGGUGCCCAUGCAGAGACCACGUGGCUCCAUCCACCUGCAAGUGAAGAGGAAAAACACAGCAGCCCACAGUGGUGGGGAGAUGGACAUAGAAAGUGAAGAUGGUGAGCUCUCUGCUCAUGAACAGGCUUUCCUCAGCUUGUGAUUGAACACUUGGCUCCAGCAGCUAUGUUUGAGAUUCAGGGUACCAUUCUAAAUCUGUGCCUCUGAGAAGCAAUCAAAUGGCAGCUUUUCAAAUCCUGUUAUAAAUUGUCCUCGGAGUCUUUAAAUUGCUAACAAUCAAUAAGAGUUAUUUGGGGACCAGUUUGCAUUGGGUAAAUAUAUAUGCUCACUGGCCUCACAGGCUUUUAUUCAUUGUUAGCCAUUUAGCCAAAAACUGUCUGAUUUAAGAGAAAUGGAGACGAGAACAAUGCUGAUGGUCCUGCUAAGAUCCUGUUGCUUCAUCUGGUGCUGUGUUAAAUGAAAUGUAUAAGACUUUGGAAACACCUCCUCUACAGGGUCACUUGCCAAUUCAUUUCCUAACAAUUGAACCACUGGAAUUCUUGAAAACGUUCUGCUUGUGAACCUGUGUCUCUGUGAGACCUGAGCCAAAUGACCACACUUACAUGCUCAUGCUUCCUCCACCAGAGAUAAUCACUAUCUCUGAUUUUACAUUUGUGUGGUUACAUUUAUAGAUUCUUUUUAAAUGGACAAAGACUUUAAAUAUCCAGGUACUGAGAGCCAUCAAAAUACAACUGUUUCAUCAAACACUUUACAGGGCACUGAUGUAUAUGUUUAUUUUGGACUGAUGUUAUUUGGAAGAGUAAAUUAUACUUUACAUGUUUUUGUAUGUAUAGAAGCUAUGUGCCUUUUCCAUCAUUCUAAUAAUUUGUCUUGUGCCAUGUUCGAUGCCAAAGGUGUUGUCGUUAUUUUUAAGUGUGGUCAAGUUAAUACUUGUACUGUAACAUUUCAUACAGCAUACAUCCUGCAAACAGUGCUUACUGUGAUAGCAUUAUUUCAUCUGUGGUAGGUUUUUAACAUGAUAGAAUAACACAAAGUGUGUUGCAUCACACUCUGUUUUAAUGCAAAGUAUCAGACAUGCCAUGUCUUCAUAAUCCUCAAAUGAAGCAAAGCACUUUUUUCAUGCUGGAGAAGCAGUGUUCCUUAACCGCUGUGUAUGUCUUUAGUGAAAAAUCAAUUACGUCUGUUAUCCAUAGAUCUACAAGUAGAAAACUUCCUAUAUUUGUGAAACCUCACAAACCAUGAAAUUAUUUUUUAUAAUGCAUCUUUUUAGUACUGUGACUUUUUAAAUAAUUGAUUUUAUACCCAUCAAUAUGUAUGAAGCUGUGAAAAAACACUAUUUGAAACAUAUAGCUGUUUGAGAAGUGUUUUCAAACAAUAAUAAAACGAUGCUCCAGUA